CUGUUCACGAUGGCCAAUCAAAGAAAAAUCAGAUUUAUUAUUGUGAUUGCUCUCAUUUGUGUAUCAUCAGCCGGCCCCAUCAAUAAUUACAAUUAUAAUUAUAAUUAUAACAAUUAUAGUCCAUUUGGCAUACACGAACGUGCUACUCACAUCACUAGUUACAAUUAUAAUCAAAAUUAUAAUUCACCAUUCGGUGUGCAGGACCGUGCUCUUCGCCACAACUAUGUUGCUACCUCAACAUCACCAGCCACACCAACGGAAACUCCCUUGGGUUGGCUAGAAGAGCUUUGUUUGAAUCGCACAGGAUCGCACCAAACGUUUCAAAGAUUGAACAGUACAGUUUCGGCGCUAUCAGCUUGCUUCCGUGCAAAGAUCCCUUUUUUGGAAAACCUUCCCAGUUCUUUUAAAAUAACGAACGCAACCCGAGAAGAAUUUUUCAGCAGGGCAUGUCCUGAGCUGCGCGAGUCGUUAAAAUGCUUGACUCCGGCGGUCUCCGAGGUGCAAAAUUGUCUCGAGGAGAACGAAAGCAAGCUAGUUACUUUAGUGCACACCACGCUUCCGAAGAUGUUAAACUUCUUUUGCAAGAAUAAUGGCGAAAUAUUUUUCAUGAACGGCAGAAAGUAUAUCGACUGCAUUCAACAUAUUGAUCAAGCAUCAGGGUGUAUGGAUACAUUACCUGAAUCAGCAUUGUAUAUGAAUGUCGAUAAAUAUGAUGCCCAUCAAUGCAACGAACUGCAUAAAGUACGACAAUGUGUUCAGUUGAAAGUGGAAGAGUGUGAAGGUCCGAAGCUGAUUGAAGGCUUUGAUUUGUUUUACCGACCAUUGGUGAACCAAACGGCGUGCCGAAAUUUCAUCGCACUAGAUAAGUAUCGAGAAAUUGAAAGUAAUGAAAUAACGUUUUUCCGUAAAAAGUAAAAAAUGUAAAAGUUAAUAAUAUAGCACUUCGUUCGAAUGUGAAUUGUGCUUUAGCUGUUCUAACAAACCUAUCAUUAAAUGUUCGAAUCUCGACUGGAAGUGAUUGUUUGAACCAAUAGGAUCGUAGUACCUACUAACCCAGCAAUUAUUUUGCACUCUAAAUAGCUGACUACGAAGUCUGUUGAAUAAAUAAAUUUUUGCUUUUUAUGUAGGUAUUUGCUUAAAUAAA